GCAUGUCACACAGUAGAUGAGCUCACUUAAAAAACCAAAAAGAAGAGUAAAUAAAACUUUAAAAGUUGGAUACUACAAGAAAAUAACUGUAAUUUGGAACCAUGUAAUUUUGAACUUAGUCAAAAUUCAACCUUGUGCUGAAGCAUGUUUAAAGGAGUUCCUGUUCCAAAGACUUUCCCAUCUAAUGAGACCCAGGCAGACCUAGGCUAUUUUUAUGCUUGGCAAUUAGUUCCAUCCCAUCACAUGCUGAGAUUUGCAAGGAAUUCCCCUGAGCUCUUCCCAGUUUCCAAUGGGAUGCUUUUAAUCACAUGAUCAUCCUUCUGCCCGGAAGAGAUGGAGACAGAGGUCCCACCUUUAUUUUCUGCUCUCAGCACUAGUUCAAGUCUUAGGAGUUACCUUCCCAAAAGAAGCAAUGGAUGUUAUUCUGCAUCAUGUGCUUUUGUUAGGCACAGUCUUAAGGCCUUGAACAGAUGGAAAAGAUUUAGAUUCUUCUGCUGUCUCAUCAGGAGACUGCCUGCAAACUAGCUAAUCUCACAUAGCAACUGUGGCUUUAAAGCACGUUUUUCGUUAACACUCCAUUUUCUGUGUUAGAGCAGAAGCCAAACCCACCAGCUGAUUCCAUAGUGCCCUGAAGAACUGUCAGGCCAUCAUUCUGGUACACUGGCUGCUCACGGUGUGGGGAUGCAUGAACCACAUGUUUCCAGCCUCCUACGCCUGGGGAAAUUUCAGUGUCCUUGCAGUGGGGAUCUGGGCCAUUGUGCAGCGAGACUCCCUUGAUGCCAUCUUGAUGUUCCUGACUGGCCUGCUGCUCACAGUCCUCACAGACAUCAUUCACGUCUCUGUCUUCUACCCUCCAAACAGCUAUCUCACUGAUGCGAAGCGAUUCAGUAUAGGCAUGGCCAUCUUCAGCCUCCUCCUCAAACCUCUGUCCUGCUACCUGGUGUAUCGAAUGUAUCGGGAGCGUGGAGGAGAGUACACCUUUAACUUAGAUAUGGAGUCCUCAUCUGACAUCCAUUUUGCCCACAAUGGUGUUACCUGUGCAGGCCAGGAUCGCAGCACCUAUGAGCCAAUUGAUCAGCAGGAUGCCCCUCCACAGUGGGCUGACUCAAGCAAGAUAGCCCAGCAUCCGUACUGAGCCCUGCUCCACAACUGAGAACAGACGCUCCCUCACCCAGUCUAGCCUUCUGCUCUUCCCAUGUUUGCUCUGAAGAAGCAAGACUUGCUACUGAGCAAACAGCAGAGGACCUGAGUUUUCAUUUCUUUUGCCUCUCUGAAGGUUAGGCAGAUGGGUUGCUGCAGUAAGUCCAGAAGACACUCAGAGGUGUCAUGUUAAACACUGUGACUCUUUGUAAUCCCACUACUCUCCUUUCCUCCCUUCCCCUAAAUCCCGCCUCUGUAUGUAUGAGUGGAUGCACCUUCUGCAGCCUUCCAAGUCUUGUAUUGUGCAUCCUCUCUAUUGUAAGUAAUGGAACCACUCAAAAUAUUCUUGGACAAGCUAUCUUUAAAAGGCUUAUAUUUUUAAGAGCCUUAAAACAAUACCAUUCAGCUUGCUUUUAUGCAGAUAGUUCCCAGGAAACAUCUGGGAGUUCCUGAGGGCUGCUUUUGAUGGCAUUAAGAUUUAUGACCAUAACUCCCUGUGCUAGCUGUGGUGGUUUGUACAAAGCUGGGGUUGGUAUAAAAUGCUUAUAAAAUGCUGCUUGUGCUCCCAGCGUCUAAUGUUGGGUUUUAUUCACUGAUGCUUUUAUGCAAUUUGAAUGUUCUUCAGGAUACUUAAAAUGGCUGUUGAAUGUAGGUUAUAGAUACUCUGUGCCUUGAAAUGUCCUUUUGCCUUCAGCUGCCUAUCUUAACAGAAUUUGAAAUGUUACAUUUUUCUAAGAAAACUAUAAAAUGAA